AGGAUACGUCGAUAUUAUUUAUUGAUUUUAUUUUUAUUUUGGAAGACAAAAAUGGGAAAGGCAGGUAAACACAAUGCUGCAUUCGUUGGAGACGAUGGAAUAUGUAACGGCCAGACUAAUGUUAAUCUUAAAAAUUCGACACAAAUCGAAAAGAACGACGACAAUUUUAACAUUAAUUAUGGCGUCGAUGAUAAUAGAAAAAUUACCCAACCAACACUGGCGAUGGAAGAAUUGACGAUAGUAGAAAAAAAUGUUGAAAGAGCAACAUGGGGUAACAGUAUAGAAUUUCUCAUGUCUUGCAUCGCAAUGUCGAUUGGUCUCGGCAAUGUUUGGAGAUUUCCAUUCACGGCAUACGAAAAUGGCGGAGGUGUAUUUCUAAUACCCUACAUAAUCGUUCUUUUCGUCGUUGGAAAACCAUUUUAUUAUUUGGAAAUGAUAUUAGGUCAAUUCACCAGUAGAUCAUCUGUUAAAAUGUGGUCAGCAGUUCCAGCUUUUCGUGGUGUUGGCUGGGCCCAAAUGUUCUCAAUGAUCGCAGUUGGUACAUACUAUUGUUCCUUGAUAUCAAUGACCUUGUAUUAUUUGAUUGGUAGCUUUCAAUCCCAGCUUCCUUGGUCAACGUGUCUUCUCGAAUGGGGAGAUACUUGCGUUGAUUCAAUCAAAGCCGAAAAUUCAACAAUUCGUAAUGGUACGCACUUGAGAAGUUCCGCUGAAUUUUAUUUCACGAAAACAGUAUUGAAAGAGAUACCUAAUAUCGACAAUGGUUUAGGUCUACCCGAUUGGAAAUUAACUCUCUGCCUUUUUGUUGCCUGGUGCAGCAUCUUUGCUGUCCUUGCACGUGGUGUUAAAAGUCAGGGAAAGGCAGCGUACUUCCUAGCUAUAUUUCCUUACGUGAUUAUGAUAGCUUUACUGAUUAGAGCAGUUACCUUGGAAGGAGCAAGCAAUGGUAUAAUCUUCUUUAUCCAACCUAAAUGGGACAAACUGUUUGAUCCGAAUGUUUGGUACGCUGCUGUGACACAAUGUUUCUUUUCAUUGUCGGUUUGCUUCGGCGGUGUCGUCAUGUAUUCCUCCUACAACGAUUUCAGGCACAAUAUUUACAGAGACGUCAUGGUCGUGACCACUUUAGACACCUUUACUAGUCUCAUGGCCGGUUUGACUAUUUUCGGUAUACUUGGUAAUCUCGCUCACGAACUUGGCACCGAUGAUAUCAGCAAUGUUGUCCGAGGUGGGACAGGUUUGGCCUUUGUUUCUUACCCAGAUGCUAUCGCAAAAUUUACAAUAUUACCAAAUUUGUUUUCUGUGCUAUUUUUUCUAAUGCUCUUUGUUCUUGGAAUUGGGAGUGCCAUUGCGCUCGUAGGUGGCAUAAUCACUAUUAUCAGUGAUCAGUUUCCAAGUUGUACGCAUUGGCAUAUUGUACUUAGUACAUCUGUUAUUGGAUUUUUAUGUGGUAUUGUUUAUUGCACACCGGGUGGUCAAUUUAUAUUAGGUCUGGUUGAUUACUACGCUGGUUCCUUUAUCGUGUUCGUAUUGGCUACACUUGAAGUUACUGGAUUUUUUUGGGUUUACGGAUUAGAAAAUUUCUUGGACGACGUUGAAUACAUGUUGAAGAGAAGGCCUUCAAUUUAUUGGAGAAUUUGUUGGGGUUUUAUCACACCACUUCUUCUUGCUACUAUUUUAAUUUAUACUAUUGUUGGACUAACACCACUCACUUAUGCUGGUGUUUUUUAUCCACCAAGUGCAUAUGCUGCUGGAUGGAUACUAUUCUCAUUCGGAAUAGUACAAUUACCAUUUUGGUUGAUAUAUACGAUGAUGUGUAAACGAAAUUUGGGCUUGCUAAAGAUGUUCACAAAAUCUUUCAGUCCCUCAACUCAAUGGGGCCCAAGAAAUAUUCAAGAAUUGGCCAAUUGGAAGGAAUAUAAAGAAGUGAUGAGAAAAAAACGUGAAAAACGUAAUUGUUCGCAAUUAAAACAAUUCGUUUAUGUUAUGUUCUGUUUAGAAGAAAAACUCGUAUGAUCUCAUUGUAACAAAGAGAUUGAAUUUUUUGUAUUAUUGUAACACCUCGCACUUGCAUACAUACAUACAUACACGCAUCACACGUAAACAUA